CUUUAUUUUCCCUUUUCCAGCGGUGGUGUCUUGUCUCUUCGCCUCGUCUCGAACCCCAAAUCCCUCACGUGCAUCGCCUCUUCUUUUGUUGUCCGAGGCGAUCCCGUCAUAUCCCAACUCGCUUGAUCGUGGAACUCCACUUUCUUGCUCCGUGCCUUUUCGGGGCUCUAGGGGACUUUAGGUAUUCGUGGUGGAUGGAGGAGCCGGGGCAGUUGAAGCGAGCGCUGGUCGAUUCUCUGGCCGGCGCCGUCUCUGGUGGGAUCUCCAGGACGGUGACUUCGCCGUUGGAUGUGAUCAAGAUUAGGUUUCAGGUUCAAAUAGAGCCGACAUCUUCGUGGGCCUUACUAAAAAGGGAUUUGUAUGGUACUUCAAAAUAUACAGGCAUUUUACAAGCUACUAGAGAUAUUUUUCGAGAGGAAGGUUUGUCGGGAUUCUGGAGAGGGAAUGUUCCAGCUCUACUAUUAUACAUGCCUUACACUGCUAUACAAUUCACAGUUCUGCACAAAUUGAAAACUUUUGCAGCAGGCUCAUCUAAAACAGAGGAUCACUUGCAGUUGAGCCCUUAUUUGUCUUACUUUAGUGGGGCAUUAGCAGGAUGUGCAGCCACGAUAGGAUCAUAUCCUUUUGAUCUUCUACGAACCAUUUUAGCAUCACAGGGUGAGCCAAGGGUUUAUACAACCAUGAGAUCUGCUUUUCUUGACAUCAUGAAAACUCGUGGUGUGCGAGGAUUAUAUGCUGGCUUCUCACCUACACUUGUUGAGAUCAUUCCUUAUGCUGGACUGCAAUUUGGAUCAUACGACACUUUCAAGCGAUGGAUGAUGGCGUGGAACAGAUACAGAUUUUCCAAUAUUAGCUCAAUGAGGCCAGAUGAUUCUCUCUCUAGCUUCCAGUUGUUUCUAUGUGGGUUUGCAGCUGGAACGUGUGCGAAAGCCAUUUGUCACCCUCUUGAUGUGGUCAAAAAGAGAUUCCAGAUUGAAGGUCUACGGAGACAUCCAAAGUAUGGGGCAAGAGUUGAGAACCAGACAUACAAGAACAUGUACCAUGCCCUAUGGCAGAUAUUGCAUGUGGAAGGGUGGCCAGGUCUCUACAAGGGCAUCUUCCCAUCGCUAAUAAAAUCUGCUCCUGCUGGUGCAGUCACAUUUGUCGCGUACGAGUACAUCUCGGACUGGUUGGAAACUCUACUCACAUGAAAAGCGUUAAUAUAGUUAUUUGGUUUGUUAGUUCUCUAUACAGCAAUUCUUUUUAAUUUUCUGGGGAAGUGCAAUUUUCAUUAAAGCCACUUCAUUAUGGCAAACAAUGUUUUGGUGCAUCAGAUGAGUUUUUGCAAGCCCAUGCAAUCAUGAUGCAUGGUUAGGAAGUGUUAGCAACAACUUAAUUAUGCUCAUUCUUGCAUUUGCUUGCCCUAACAAGGCCCUGUCUUUUGUAACAUGAAUAAACCACUCGGGCUAAAAGAUAUAGCUCUGUAAUUUUUUUUCCCAGGAAAGGAACGAGGGGAGAGGUUGCUUUAAAAGCUCA